GUGGGUCCAGAUGGUGUUGACACAGGAAAUGGUCAGCAGCUGCCUGCCCUCAGCCCCACAACUCCACUGACCCCCACUCCGCGCCCCCCACCAGGCUCCCUCUGACCAGUGUCAUCUCUGACGGAGGUAGCCCAGGGCCAGCUCAGCACCCACCAGGAUGUUUACAAGAGACAAGGGUAGGACCAGGAGUCAGCCCUAGGCUUGGGAAAUAGCUGGCUCUGACCCUUGCCCUCACACCCAGGGCCCAGGGCCUGGCUUCCCCUCUCCGACCCGGGGUCCUGGCCUGGCCUCUUUCCCCGGCCCCGGGGCUCUAGGUCCAGCCUUUCUCCUCAGAUCAGUAACCCCUGGCCAAAGCCCAGGAACCCAUUCUGGUCUGGAAUGCUCACUCCUAGAGCUCAGUGGCGGCUGGGACUGGGUGAUCUAGGUGCCAGGUGCCAGCCCAGCCCUGCUCUGGGUCCCUUCCUUUGGUGCCACACCCUUGUCAACUAUGGGGAAACCAAAGGAAAUAAACAAGAAGCUCUGGAGUGCAGCCCUCCUUUUCAGAGGGCUCAGUCUUGGGUGGCCCUGGCAGCAGUCAUCUUCGACACCUGUGCCUCACAUCCUAGGCCACCUGCCUCUGCCAGACCUGCACUGGCUCAUGGUUCCCAGAGAGGAGGCCUGGUGUGGCCUUGUUGGGUGACAAGUGUGCUGGGGCACCAGGGCUUGGCCUCCAGGUCCCAUCCUCCUCCAGGUCUCCUGGUUGCUGGGCAACAGUUCCUCACAAUGGGGCUCAGUGAGACCCCUGGGUCCUGGCCCUUCCUCCAAGUUGCUAAGGGGAAAAACUCCCUAGCAGAAAGGGUUCUCCUUGGCCACCUGAGGCCACCUCUGCAGAUAUGGGGUUAGGAGCAAAGGGUCCUUGGGUGAGGAGGUCUUCGCAACGGAUCCACCCAUUCUGGGUUCCCAGUGAUGAGAGGGAGCUGGCCCAGCCUAGGCUCUUCCUCAGCUUCUUCUUCCCUCUCUUCAGAGGCUGAAGGCGUCCCCUAAAGCCUGAGGCCCCUGACACAGAUCCUUACAUCUGGGCACUACAGGAACCACUUCCCAGCUGGGCACGCUGGCUUGGGCCUGUAAUCCUAACACUCUGGUAGGCUGAGGCAGGAGGAUCCUAAGUUCAAGCCACACUUGGUAACUGAGCAACUUAGUGAGACCCUGUCUGAAAAUAAAAAACUGAAAAAGAGCCGAAGAUAUAGCUCAGUGCAAAGGCUCUGGGUUCAAUCCUCAGUACUGCAAGGGGAGAAUAAAAGUCAUUUCCUAGGCCAGACAUGACCAAGCCAGGAGGACCCUGCUGGCUGAGCCCGUGCUAAGGGGACCAGCAACAGAACUCAGAAUUCUGGGGCUUGGGGUGGGCGGGGCCCAGCGUUGCUGGGGUGAUGUCCCUAAGGCCUAUCCCCACAGAGGGACCAGUGUCUGGGGAGGCAACAUGGUGGGCUCAGGGAUCUCAGCGUUGGGCCUGCUCCUGCUGGUGCAGGGCUCAGUCGAAGGGAUCGGAAUCCACGGAUUCUUCUACCCAUGGAGCUGUGAGGGUGAUGUGUGGGACCGGGAGAGCUGUGGGGGUCAGGCGGCCAUCGAGAGCCCCAACCUCUGCCUGCGCCUACGCUGCUGCUACCGAGAUGGGGUCUGCUACCACCAGCGGCCAGACGAAAACAUGCGUAAGAAGCACAUGUGGGCCCUGGGCUGGACCUGUGGAGGCCUCCUCCUCCUCAUCUGCAGCAUCUGCAUCUUCUGGUGGGCCCAGCGCCGGGACAUGCUCCACUUCCCGGGCUUCUUGCGGGGCACGUGCAGCCUGUCCAGGACAGUGUCACUGCUGUCCAAGGAUCGGGGGACAGGCGAGAAGACCCCUUCCACCAGCCAAGUACCCGCUACGCCCUCUGGGGUGGAAGGGGCCAGGAGUGAAGAGAUGAAAGAGGGCGAGGAAACAGAAGGCGGUGAAGAGUAGGGCUGUCUGAGGAACCCCUCAAUACAGACAUGGCACAGGGAUGCAUUGUUCUUUCUGAGAGCCUGGG